AUGCGUGUGCACUUGCUUGGUGAUAGCAUGUCUGCAGCCUUUGCUCAAGACAUUUUAGCCCUUGGAGAAGGCAAGGUCCCUAGGAAUGAUAAAGAUGAUAAAUCCAUCUCUGAACUGUGCAACACAGUGGACAACCCUUCCGAUCUUUUAGAAACAGUGUUCCCCAAUCUGGAAAGUAAUUAUGCUGACAUCAAUUGGCUCAGUGAAAGAACCAUCCAGGCCCCCAAAAACGUAGCUGUCAGUGCUAUCAACAACCAACUCAUAAGCCGAAUUCCAGGUGAGGAGCGCAUCUACAAAUCGAUUGACCAGACCUCUGACCCCAAAGACAUUGUCAAUUACCCUAUCGAGUUUCUCAACUCACUGGAGCCAGCAGGGCUUCCACCUCACAUUCUUAGGCUAAGGGUUGGAUGUCCAAUUAUGCUAAUCAGAAACUUGCUUCCGCCUAAAUAG